CUUCUUAAUGGCAACCUGCAACAAAGUUGAAGACGUGGAUUGUUUGAUCCAUUGCUUUGGAUUACUACAGUUGUGUAUCCUAAAAAUGUUUUCGUAUACAUAGGUUGUUUAGUAAGUGAAUAGUGUAAAAAGGUGGUUUAGAGAACAGAUCCCUCAACUAUAUCCAUGAAAUCUGUUGGGUAUUGAGUGAAUUUUUAUUUAGAUGUAGUAAAGUUGACAACUUAGACUUAGUUAUUCGUGUGUUUGGCUAGUUCACUACUACUAAUUAGUAGUUUAGUUCAUUUCAGAGGCAGAGUUGAGAUUCACAUCAGAGUUCAUAUGUGGUUUGAAAACUACUUGACAAACACACUGCAAAACAGUUAUUAUAAUCUGUGCUUUUAUGUGUUUGACCAAUGUACAACAGAAAACAGGCACUUAUUUUUAAAAUAACUUUUCACAAUCUUUUACUUUAGAGUGUUCUUGGUCUUCCUUUUAUUUAAUAAACCAUCUUAAAAUUUAUUAAACAUUGGAUUGGUCAUUUGGUGUCACCAUCUGCUGCUGAUACAUUUCCUUAGAGCCUCUUACUUUUUGCAGCUGCAGACACAUUUAUCCAGAGGCAGUGAUGUUGAUCAUGUUUUACAUCACAAGUUGUCUUGAAAAAUUAUCACCAGAUAUAUCUGCUGCAGCAGCUUACCUGACAUUAUUUAUAGCUAAAAUACAACUUAGGUAAAUGUUGGUUUGGUGUGUCACUCACUUCCCACGGCCUGAGAUCAUGGCAAACAAAUAAACAAUGUGGUGGCUGUGUAAAAAAAAAUCGUGCAAACACACAUCUGCUAAAUAAGGAUGGGAGAGAAUGUGCGGGUUUAGCUUUAUACUGAAAGAUAAAAAAUUAAAAUUUAGUUAAAUAAAUUCAGAUAUGCGGCAAAAAAUCUCAAAGACCUGUGCCCCCCCCCCCUUUUUCCUGGCGUAAUUUAAGCAGAUACAUUAAUUUACUUAAUGAAAUAAUUUCAGCGGGUACAUUUAUUUUGUGGCCAACAAAGCUACUCAAGAUAUGCAGCAAGAAGUCUCAACGACCUGCGGUUGCUACCUUACCUCAACUAAAACACAUGUGUGCUACAGCUACACACUGUGGUAAGGAAUAGUAAAAAUUAUGAAAAACAAUACAAAAUAGGCAGUGUCUACACGUUCGGCAGGCCGGACGUAUAUCUUCCGCACUAUUUGUCCGGCGACCAAGUCACAUGACCGCUGUAACAAAGUGGCGAAAGAUAUUUUAUCCAUCAGCCUUGUCACAUGACCACGAAUGAUUCAAAACUAUUGUUAAUUUUAAAAUCUAUUUCUCUACCGAGUAAUGUAUUAAGUAUCUUGCAUGCAAAUAAUAGAAAAAAAACUUAAGUGAAAAUCGCUUGUAAACAUUUUUGUUAAGUUUGUUAUUUUAGUUUGUUUACCAGUAAUCCAUAAAAUAAAUUAGGGGCCAGUAUGGAGUAGGCAACCAAUAAAAGUAAAAGAUUUCAUUUUAAAUUGUUUAAAUUGCUACAAAAUAUUUUAAAACUUCUCAUAAAACUGCUGUUGCUGAUGAACAUGAUUAUAUAAAUAUAAUUUCAAAUAUUUUAAAUUAAUAUGGGGAAAAAAAGGUUUCCAUACGGAAAACUGAUCCACAAAUAUCGUCAAGCUGCCACUCUACCUCAAGACCACACACGAUCUUCUCCAUAGGCGCUUCCUGCAGAAUAAUAAUGCCUACUAGUCGUCCGGCGGUCACGUAAUAUGCCAGCCGGAUGUGUAUCUCCCACACUAUUUGUCCGGUGCGCCGGACGUGUAGACACUUCGUACAAAAUAUUUUUAAAAUAAUGAAAACCCAACUUACAGUUUCAUCGAAUACACUUUUACACACUUUAUUGCAGGUUCCAUCCAACAUAAAAUCCAAACGUUGUCAGAGAAAUCAAUAGUCCAAAAUGCCGUAAAAUUUAAAUAUUAUAAUUAGCCUAUCAAUAAAAUUAUAAUUUAAGAUUAAAAAGAAGCAAAGUUAACUCUAGUAACAAUCCAAGAAUAAACAAAAAGGAGAUAAUCCUUGUAAUCCUACACUGAAACUCAAAGUGGCCUACUGAACCAACAUUAACCUACAGCUUAACUACUUGCUAUUUUUGUUGUGAAUCAAUGCAUGGGACCUCAAAUAUGUUAAGUGUGGGUACAUGAGAUGUAGGAACAUGGACAUGGGUGUUCAUCCCUCUUGGGGUGGUGGAAACCAAUCCCCUCAUUCCCCUGGAUCUUUGACUUUGUUUAAAUUAUUUGUGUAGGUCAUGCCAGCCAUGGUCAUGGAUUAUUCAAAAUAAUCAUUCUAGAAGGCCUAUAAUUUUAUUUUUAGCUUUAAUUCUUGAUAUUCUUGAGACCAUUUGGCGGUUGGAUGGUAGUGCUGUCAAAACGUGUGUCAUUCAAUAUUACAGUAGAGCAGGCCUGCACAACUCAAAAUGUAAGGCAGACCAAAAUAAUUUAUGAAAAACUUGUGCUGGCCGUAAGAAAAAAAGGACGNGGGGGGGGGGGGGGGUGGGGGGGUGUUGGGGGUGUUAUUAAAAAGAUAAUAAUAAUAAACAAUAUUUCUUUACUUAUGAAAUAAAUUUAAUGUGACACAUCGCAUCGUUUUUCUGUUACAAUUUUGUCGUAUUCAGAAGAUAUAUUGAAAGUGGCUGUUCUCAAGAUGUCUUACAAAUGAUCUUCACUCAAACAUGUGCUUUGGCUUGCAUUUUUUAAUGUUCAUUAUUGAAAAUGACUGUUCACAUAUGUAAGUGGUUCCAAAAACACUAAAAGUUUUUAGUGCAACUUCUUAAAGAUUUUUGUACUUGUCACGGUCCAGAUUUUUAUAAAAAUCCAGCAGGCUGCUCUCUCUGUAGUUGCUUCAGUAUAUUGCCGAACAUUGUAGUUCGAUAAUCUCUAGCUGCAAUUGAACUGGUAUGUCCUGGGGAUUCACAGAAAAUGGAUCUUCAAUCAGUUUAAAUUGAAUUUCUUCUUCUUUAGAAAGAGUAAGUCUUUAAAUACUUCUAUCAAAAGAUUAAUUUCAUUAGCAAAAAUUUUUCCCAACACGACAUGCUUGUUCCGAGGAAUAUGCUGUGGAGAAGUGACUCAUUUUACCAUUUAGUAACUGGGUUUUGAAAAGUUUCAAUUUCAGUUUAGAAGCUUUUACUGCUGCUAACAUUUCAAAUAAAAGUUGUUGCUUACCUUGAAGUUGAAUUUUAAGGCCAUUUAGAUGUGUUGUAAUAUCUCAAAAGAAGAAGAGGUCAUGAUUCCAGGGCGCAUCUUUAAGUUCAAGGAAUUCCUUUGCUUUGUCUUCUAGGCAUUGGAUAUUUCCUUCUUCAAAGCAAUGAAUCACUGAAGCACUUUCCCUCUGCUUAACCAUCUUCUGGGGUAUAUUACGUCUCUGUAGUCAGCGUCUAUAUCUUCAAUAAAAGCUUAAAGAGCCCUAUGUUUUAGCCCUCUUGAUCUUAUAUGGUUGACUAUUUUGACAACAACCGACAGAAGAUGCUCUAAAUGUAACACUUAGCUACACAAGGCCUGCAAAUGUAUAAUGCAAUGAUAUUUUGUUAUUUGCCUUCUGAUAAAAUGUUCAAGAAGCGCAACUGCUCCCUUAUUAACACCUGUCAUAUUCCAGGCACCGUCGGUACAAAUGGCCACUAAUUUUAUAAAAUCUAAUCCCAACUUAUCUUUCAAGCACUUUAUCACUUCACUGAAAAUAUCUUUUCCGGUUGUGCGACCUGACAUGGAGCACAUUCCAGCAAGUUCUUCUGUAAUAUCACAGUUUUUGACAACACCUCUAAUGAAAAUGAGAAGUUGGGCGGUGUCUUUUAAAUCUGUGCUUUCGUCCACAGCUAGAGAAUAAAAAGAAAAUUAACAAGCUUUCUGCAUUAAUUGUUCUUGAAGAUUGGUGGAAAUAUCAGUUAUUCUUCUUUGCACUGUCAUUCACGAUAAACUGAUAUUUUAAAAUAAUACUGUUUUUCCUGACAUAAUUCAGGCAUGGCAAUCACUCUUUUACAAAUUCGCCUUCAGUAAGGAUUUCCCAGCAGUAGCAAUUUCCCUUGAAAUAUAAAAGCUUAUCUUGGUAGCAGUCUUAUUUUCACUGCUUAUUUUCUUGAAAAGUGUCUGCCCUCCAGUAAGAGUUUUUGACAGAUUCGCUGCUUUAAUGGAUUUUUCAUUUUGGUCCAAUUUAUACACAUUAGGAUGUUUAGAUUCAAACUGCCAUAGAAGAUUAUACUCUUUUGGUGCAGCAACUGUUUCAUGACAUACGAGGCACAGUAUAUUGUCUUUGAACACUGUAAAUAAGUAUUUAUUAGUCCAUUCAGGAUUAAAAAUUCUGUGCUCUAUCUCUAGUUUUCUCUUUCUGGUUUGAUUCAUGGCGCUUUAAAAUUUCAAGUAGACGUCUAUAAGUAUAGUACUAUUGGUACAAAACUAAAGGCACAGAAUAUCAAAAUAACGCGAUACGUGAGUUCUACACAACACAAUUAUACACAAUAUUACAAAAAUAAUAAAAGACUACUCUGCAAAGAAGACACUAGUUUUGAACACACUUAGUUAUUUUGAUUGAGAAUACAUACACAUGGAAAACCAAAGUCAAUUUCCCUCGCGAAAGAGUAAAUUCUCGGGAAAGUGUGCGUGUAUGAUUUAAUAUCGUCACAGGGAAAGAAAAUAUGGAGGCAAUAUUUACCCAACGAUAAAAAAAUUUGUAAUUUAAUUUGAUUUAAUAAAACAAAAAAAUUAAUUUCAAGUAUACGAGGGUAAAAAUCAAUGUUGUGCAGGCCUGCAGUAGAGGGUUUGAGUUUAAAUCCCAGCUUAAACCAGUAAAAUUAAAUAUACUUUGUUUCCCUCCCCCCCCCCCACACACACACACAUACACACAAAAUAAUUUUAAAAAAUAGAGAAUCUGUAUUUUUUCCUUUGCCAUAUAAAUUAGGUUACCUGAAGAAAUUCCACAGCAGGUGGAAAAGGCAGAGGCGGGUAUUUUAUCUUCCUUUUCCCCCUGUGUAUAUUUAUGGAUACUAAUACAUCAGCGCCUUAAACAAUGUUUGAGUGAAGUUAUCACAUCUCUAUAAUGAAACAGUAUGGAAAAGCUUUUAAAAAAUUUACGACGUAUUCUAAGUCUUUAAUAGUCUUAGUAAAACCAAAUAAACUAUCUUUUUUGAUUGUUAAUCUGAGUGUCCAAUAUUUUUAUUAGUGGGUGUUUAAAAGAUAUUCAUAUAUUUAGUUAAAUUCAAUCAUUUAUAUCCUUAUUCUUAAAAGUCAUUUUAAGUUAAACCCCAAAUGUAUGUAUAUCUUACAUAUUAAAGAAGUAUAGAUUUGAAUGAAACGUCAAUGUCAAAUAACUUAUUUAAACAAGUUUGAGCUAGUUAUAAUUUUUAAUGGUUUUGGUCAUAUUAAGUACCUUUUAAUGCCAUUUAACUAGACAUAAAUCACAUUAAAUAUACAUGAGAAAUUUAUCUAAAUUAUUUUAAUAUGUUAUAACUCAUUUCCAUUUUUUAAUCACCAGGUCAUUCCUCCUAAGUAAAAUAAAUUAAAAAUUAAAAAAAAACGCCAUACUACAGGGUUGGCCCAGUUUGGGGGUCAUUCUUUCAAAAUUCCAAAAAAAUGAUUCUUGAAGGGCCACCAGAGAAAAAGCAGCUGCCAUCCCUUAGCAGUGACGCAAUGCAAGUGCGAACACGCAAGCCUAGCUCCAUAGACAGGGAGUCUCAAGGACUGUUUAACACCAGAGCUUUUACGUUUCUCAUACUUUGGUACUUCUUCAGUGCUUGUACACUGUUUUUGAACAAAUACAUACUCGCCACACUUAAAAGUGAUCCGACACUGUUAGGUAAGACCCAAGUUAUAUCAAAAGGUAUAAAAUGUAGUAAUAUUAAAUGCAUUUGAUUUAGAUCUUACCUUGCAUACAUGCUAACAUAUGUGUUUAUUUACAACAAUACUUUGUGACCAGGUGCCAUGCAGAUGGUGAUGACAACAGUUUUUGGCUUCAUCCAAAUGUACCUACCUCUAGGCAUGUACACACCAGUAAGUAGAGAAGGCAAGCCACCAAAUUUCUGGAGGAACAUGAUCCUAGUUGGAACCAUGAGGUAAAACUGUUUUCCAGUCAUUGUGAUCAUAGGUCAUGGUGUUUGUUAUGUUCUUAAUAUUUUCCCAAAGCUCAGGUAAAAAUCUGAGUUUUAAAUGAAAUUGGUUAUCUCUCAGCUGUAGAGAGGAUAUUUGUGUCAUUCUUUUACAUCAACUUUCUUGUAAUAGUCAUAGCAUAUUUUAUGCUCAUGACUUAAAUACUUUUCACUUCAUUUAAUAUUAAAAGAUUUAUUUAUCAAAGUCAUUUGUUAAAUAUUUACUUAAUAGCCUGAAAGAAUAUACUAAGAACACUAUCUUCUUAUCUAAACUAAAAGGUGCCUGUGAACUUUUUCAAUAAUUCAUUUAUUUACUUAAUCAAUAAACAGCACUGAUGGCAUUGAAUAAAGUCUAUUUUAUACACUGCCAUGAGAAAUGUCACUUUAUUUAAACCUUGAUUAUUAUUCAAAUGCAAUAUGAAGGACCGCUUUGUAAAUAAAAAAUAUGUGAAAUAUGAACAAAAUUGAAACAGCUAAAGUUUUGAUGACGUUAAGUUAAUCUUCUCACUCUUCUCUGAGUUGCAUAUUUUGAUAACCCAGUUAACUUGUAUGUCUUUAAUAUGUUUUUGCAGGUUCUCCACUGUGGUCCUUGGUCUUGUGGCUCUUAAAUUUGUAGCAGUGUCUUUCACCGAGACGGUGAAGAGUUCUGCUCCUUUGUUCACUGUUGUUAUCUCUAAAGUUUUAAUUGGAGAGUUCACUGGUGUCUACACAUUUUUGUCCCUCAUUCCAAUUAUGUUGGGGCUUGGCCUGUGCUCAGCUUACGAGCUCAGCUUUAAUGUGCAGGGUUUUAUUGCAGCCAUUGCUGCCAAUUUGACAGAGUGGUGAGUAUGUCUUGUCAUUUUAUAUGUUAAUGAGAAUCUUGGUUUGCAGCUAUGAAACUAUUUCAUACACUUCAAAUGUUUUUGGAUUUCCAGUAUUUUGAACUGUAAUUUUUAUGCACUUACAUUCAUUAAGUAUUGAGUUCCUUGUUAAUGUGUAUCUUAACAAUUUUUUUACAAUAAAAUGUCAAGUAUUUUUUAUUUAUUUAUAUAACCCAGUCUCCUCUUGUACUAUUUCAUUUAAUAUGUAUAAGCUCCACUUUUAAUUAAAUUGGUUUUUUGAUUGUGUGUCACUGUCAGUGGUUUGUGGGGGGGGGUGUGAUUAAAGGGGGAAUAUUUAAACUUUGAAUUUAAUCUCAGUUGGACAGGACAUUAUCUCUUUACAUUUACAUUUGAAAGUGUAAUCACAAGUCUAGAGUUAAUAUGAUUAAACAUUAGAAGAAUUUGAAGGUUUAAUCAGAAGGCUAGAGCAAAUAUGAUUAAACAUUAGAAGAUAGACUUGUUAUUAUCAAAUAAAUGCUUCAUAAUUUUGUAUUCCCACUCACAGCUUGCAAAAUGUCUAUUCGAAGUUACUUAUAAGUGGGGAGAAGUAUCGAUACACGUGAGUUUAUCCUUAAAACAUUAAUAUUUAAUUCUUUACCCUAAUGUGUUUUAAAUAGCCUUGGUAUGUUAUGAAUAUUCCUAAUGGAAAGAACAAGCACAUUCCAGUAGUUCUAUGGCAUUAAAAUGAUCUCUUAAAUACGAGUACUAAGAUGUGUGAAGAAUAUCCUUUGUGGCAAGAUCUGAUCAUUGGGGUGGUCCUUAAAUUGGAAAAAAAAAUAUAUUUUACGUGACAGUGAAUACACACACCCCUUACCACUUUCACACGCAUAGGCCAUCCCUUAACUACUGGAAAUACAUUUUCUGUAAUUAUAUAAAAUAUUUCAGAUAUGUAAUUGCAGAACAUAGCUUUGAAUAGUCACGAAAUUUUACCAAACACCAUCCAUUGGUAGACCCCCACACAUUAUAGUUAUGCUAAAUGCUACUCCUGAAUAAAAAUCCACAUUACUUACAGAAAAUGUCAAUAAUACUAUAAAGGAGCUCAUAGUUUUUAAUUUUUAAAAAAAUAAUUGCUCCAGAGGAAAUAGAAAUACUUUAAAUAUUGAACCUGAUUGACACCAUUAUUACAGGGCCUCACACACACACUAUUUGUGACCAGCUAGCAUACAAUUUUUUUUAUCAUUAAUAUUGCUGCCUUACAUUUUAUGAGUCAACACAAUUUGUAACAUUGACAAGGUGUGAAUUAUUAAAAAAUAAUGCCAUAAAAUUACAUAAUUUUAAAGUUAUUUUGCUCUUCAAUCCUUUUUUAAAAAAUUCUUUAAAAAGGUGGAUAAAUCCAAAAAAAAAAUAAUUUUUGAAUGAAAAGUAUUUGAAGAAUCACUUUAUUUCAUACUUCUAUAUUGUCAUUUAUUAAAUUUACUUAUAAUAAUCUCUUCUGUAAUUUGCCUUAUGUUACCAAGAUUCUAUUUCUUAUACUGAUUCCUCUGAAAGCAAAUAAAAAUUAGUUUGAAAGAGAACUAUAAUGUGUGCAUACACUUAUAAUUAUACUAUAAUUAGGAACAUUUUUAGUGUCUUUAGAUUUUAUUUGUUACAUUGGAGAAUAAGUUAUAAGAAAAAUUUAUAUGCAAGGCUGGUGAUAUAUUGUAAGAAAUUAAACAGACAAUUCAUUUUAUAGCGUAUCUUGCCCAUUUAUAUUUCAAAAUUUUGGUAAUCCAGACCAGUGAGUGACUGCCAGUUUGAGAUAAGGAAAUUUGUCAAGUUGCUUGCAAAGCCAAUGUCACUGUAAACGUACCUAGCAAUAAGAAAUGCUACUGCUAAUUAGUUUGAUAUUAAAGACGUAAGAGUAGGAAAAGUGAUUUUUUUAACUUUUCUGAGGGUUUUGAACUCUGGGUGACUAAAGAGACAAUGGAACAGUCUAAAAAGUAACUGGUCUUUUAAUAGUGCAUCUGGUGUCCCAAUAUAUCAAUGUCUCUUCAUAACAUGAAAUAUACUCGGGCAAGGCAAACAGUUCAAAUAAACAGCACACAAUUUGAAAUUGAUAUAUACUAAAAGGCCCUAAAUUCAUUUCAUACAUUUGAAAUGAUGAAAUGGAGAGUGGAAUUUCAUAGAAUAAGUCCAUGGAUGCUGAUAUAACAAUUAUUGGAUAAACUUUGCCCUUUCUUGCAUUGCAAGCUGUUUUCUUGACUUUUCCUAGGCCAGCAGAGCUUCAGUUCUACACAAGUAUUGCCAGUGUCGUGGUUCAGAUUCCAGCCUGUUUCUUCAUGAUGGACCUUGAGAAGGUCCACCGGACAUUGGACAUCACUCUCCUGUCAUCGUUACUCCUGAAUGGUGUUUUUUUCCAUUUUCAGUCUAUAACAGCUUAUGUCCUUAUGGAUUACAUUUCACCUGUUACCCACAGGUGAGCUAUACUAUCUAAAGUUUGAACUAGGCUAAUAGCGACUUUAAUGUAGCUGUUCUGCCACUUUCAAUUUUCAUUAUAAAUAUUUGUAAAGAUUGUAAAUUUGGUAAUUAUCAUUCUUAACUUUAGAAUAUUCUAAUUUUAGAAUUCAAUUUUUUUUUGAGAAUGCAAGUAGUAAAGUGUUUUGUAUUUAAUAUCCCUCACCCGCAACUUGAUUUUUAAAAAAAAUUUGUGUAUGUAAAUAAUUUAAUAAUGAUAUUACUAUUUAUAUAAAAUAUGUUCAUGUUUGCUUCCAUCGGGUCUGGACACUUAAAUGAUAUCCAAAUCAUUGAUAUUAGUGUCAUGUCUUCAGUGUCUCCCCCCCCCCCUCCCCUUCCUUUUUCAACUCUAAUAACAUUUUUCAUUUUCAUUCAACCUGAUGGUACAUAUUUGUGAUUUCUUUUAAAAAUUGAAAAAUCAUAUCUAUUUUUAAGUGUGUGGCAUUGUGUAAUUUGUGUUCGAUGCUGACCUAACUUAACCAUAGCAAGGUGCCUUUAUGAUAAUAAAAGGAUAAAAUUAUUGAUCAUCAAAUGUAAUAAAAUAACUUAAUUGAAGUUUAUUUCUUCUGCAGUGUGGCCAACACAGUCAAAAGGGCAUUCUUAAUAUGGCUCUCUGUUUUUCUGUUUGGAAACCCAGUGACAUUUUUAAGUGGCCUUGGGACAAUUAUAGUGACUAUUGGAGUUUUGUUGUAUACCAAGGCGAAGGAGCACGACCAGCACCUGCUAGAGAUGAGAGAAAGAUACAGGACAAACUUAGUGCAUACUGAAAUUCUCGUGCGGCAAGUGUGAUCUGAAAUUACAUUUUUCUUGUAUACUCACAUAAUUGGAUCACAACUUAUAUAGAAUAUUAAAAAAGCACAUUUGUGAAGGGGCAUUUUGAAAUCAAUAGGAGCUGUAAAUAAACAAUCAAUCAUUUUUUUAUGUUGAAUGUUAAGACUGGUUGUAAUGAAUUUUAAAGGGUCCAAUAUUCUUUGUAAACAUUAAAUUCUGUUGACUGUAUUUAUCAAUAUAUUUGUGAGCUCUGUGCACAAGUAAGGAAAUAUGUACUACACAAUGUUUGUGUUAUUUGUAGAAUAACUUGAUAUGCACAUUUUCUAAUAAUGAGGGGUUUUCCUCUUUGAAGGAGGUACACAGUUCCAUAUUUAUUUACUUCUAGUGAAUGCUAGACUCAAAUUGAUGAACCCCUUUUUUUUUUGUUUUGUGAUGAUUUGUAGUUAAUAAUCAGAUAACAGAAUAUUGUUUGCCUUUGAUAACUGAUCAUAACAU